ACCACCCAGCACCAGUCAGACAGACACAGACAGAGCUAGUGCUGCAAAUAUGUCGGAUAGUAUCCCUCUGCAGCCUGUCCGCCACAAGAAAAUCCACGAUUCCAAACAGAGGAGCGGAUGCUGUGGCUGGUGCUGUAGAGGAAGGGAUUUCAAACCUCGCACAGUGUGGCUUGGACACCCAGAGAAGCGAGAUCAUAAAUACCCACGAAAUGUUAUCAAUAAUCAAAAAUACAACUUCUUCACCUUUCUCCCUGGGGUACUUUUUAACCAGUUUAAGUAUUUCUUUAACCUUUACUUCCUGCUGUUGGCGUGUUCCCAGUUUGUACCAGAUUUGCGACUUGGCGCCCUGUAUACAUAUUGGGCUCCUUUGGGUUUUGUGUUGGCAGUGACAGUCAUUCGAGAGGCAGUGGAGGAGAUUCGAUGUCAUGUCCGCGACAAAGAAGUGAACUCCCAGAUCUACAGCAAGCUCACAGCAAGAGGGACUAUGGUUGUCAAGAGUUCAAACAUACAAGUGGGAGAUUUGAUUAUUGUUGAUAAGAAUCAGAGGGUACCUGCUGACAUGAUUUUCCUCCGAACAUCAGACAAAAGUGGCUCUUGUUUUAUUCGUACAGACCAGCUAGAUGGUGAGACUGAUUGGAAGAUGCGUUUGCCUGUUGGCUGUACUCAGAGAUUACCCAUCGCAGCUGAUCUGUUACAAAUACGAUCUUAUGUUUAUGCAGAAGAACCAAAUCUUGACAUUCAUAGUUUUGUUGGGACUUUUACUCGGGAGGAUAGCGACCCACCAGUUAACGAGAGUUUGAGCAUAGAGAAUACGUUAUGGGCCAGUACUGUUAUUGCUUCCGGUACUGCAGUGGGUGUUGUUAUCUACACAGGCAAAGAAAUGCGAAGUGUUAUGAAUACGUCUCACCCAAAAAGCAAGAUGGGACUGUUUGACCUGGAGGUGAACUGUUUGAUGAAGAUUUUGUUUGUUGCAUUGGUGGCGUUGUCGCUUGUCAUGGUUUCUCUGCAGCACUUCAGGGGUCGCUGGUAUCUCCACUUGUUUCGCUUCUUCCUUUUGUUUUCCCAAAUCGUUCCAAUCAGUAUACGUGUCAACCUGGACAUGGGAAAGAUGGUCUACAGCUUGAUGAUUAGGAAAGACUCUAAAAUUCCUGGCACAUUGGUCCGGGCCAGUACCAUUCCCGAGCAGCUUGGGAGAAUAUCUUACGUACUCACAGACAAGACAGGAACUCUUACAAAAAAUGAGAUGCAGUUCAGGCGUCUUCACCUGGGUACGGUAUCUUAUGGGUUAGAUUCUAUGGAUGAAGUAGAGAGCCACGUUUUUAGUGCAUAUACACAGCCAGCAGUUUCACAAGAUAAGCCCCCUUCAACAGCUCCUAAGAUACGUAAAACUGUUAGCGUCCGUGUCCAUGAAGCAGUGAAAGCAAUCGCACUGUGCCAUAACGUUACUCCUGUCUACGAGUCUCAUGGGCCUGACUCAACUGACCGAGCUGAAGCAGAGCAAAAUUAUGAGGACGCAUGUCGGAUUUACCAAGCAGCCAGUCCAGAUGAGGUGUCUUUGGUGCAGUGGACAGAGUGCAUAGGCCUAACCCUUGUUGGCCGGGACCAAUCCUCAAUGCAGCUGAGGACACCUGGAGGACAUAUUCUGAACUUCAGUAUCUUGCAAGUGUUUCCAUUUACCUAUGAGAGCAAGCGCAUGGGAAUCAUUGUCAGAGAUGAAUCUACAGGAGAGAUUACCUUCUACAUGAAAGGGGCUGAUGUGGUCAUGAUGGGAAUUGUUCAGUAUAACGAUUGGCUUGAAGAAGAGUGUGGGAACAUGGCUAGAGAAGGACUUCGAGUUCUGGUUGUUGCCAAAAAGUCUUUGACAGAAGAGCAGUACCAGGAUUUUGAGACUCGUUACAAUCAAGCAAAACUAAGUGUACAUGAUCGGUCAUUGAAAGUGGCAACUGUGAUUGAGAGUUUGGAGAUGGAAAUGGAGCUUCUUUGCCUGACUGGUGUGGAGGACCAGCUGCAAGUUGAUGUCAGGCCUACCUUAGAGAUGCUGAGAAAUGCUGGGAUAAAGGUAUGGAUGCUCACUGGGGACAAACUUGAAACAGCAACUUGCACAGCAAAAAAUGCACAUCUAGUAACCAGGAACCAAGAUAUUCACAUCUUCCGAACUAUAACGAAUCGAGGAGAGGCUCACUUAGAGCUUAACGCUUUCAGAAGGAAACACGAUUGUGCAUUGGUCAUAUCUGGUGACUCACUGGAGGUGUGCCUGAAGUUUUAUGAGUAUGAGUUCAUGGAGCUGGCCUGUCAGUGCCCUGCUGUAGUAUGCUGUCGAUGUGCUCCUACACAAAAAGCACAAAUUAUACGCCUGUUGCAGCAGAGGACUCGGAAAUUAACAUGUGCAGUAGGUGAUGGAGGAAAUGAUGUCAGUAUGAUCCAGGCUGCUGAUUGUGGAGUAGGGAUUGAAGGCAAGAUACAGAGCCAGUAUAUGGAAUUAAUUAUUGGCAAAGUCUGGGACUUGUUAUCAACUGUAUGUUUAGGAACCAUUGGAGUAACUACUGAAGGUCUACAAAGUGCUUAA